UUGACUGACAGUGCAAGCAAAGCAAACUCCCUGCAAUUGUAUUAAUCACAGCCUUCAACUUAUAACCCUGUUCACUCAUCCUUCUGUCAAAAAAAAAAGUUAUUUUUAGAAAGAAAAAGCUAUUUUUUCUCCAUUUUCUUCACUUUAAGCUCCUGCUUCCUCACUGGCUGUGCAGCUCUCCCUCUCUCCCACAAGCUUUGUUUUGAGCUUUCCUCACAAGGAACAGUAAAAUAUUGCUGAAUAUGGUGCACAUUUUCUUAGAGAAAAUACCCAUUCUUCAUCUCCUCCCUAUUUUGAAGAAAUGAGAUCUUGUCUGAGAAGUCCAAGGUCUCUUCUUUACUUGAGCUUGGCUGAGGGGUGGAGGAGGGAGAGAUUAGAUUGUGUGUUUAAUGUGGUUUCUCUCUCUCUUGUAAUAGUGGAAACUGAAACAGGCAUUUUAAUUAAGCAUCAAAUGCCUUCUUAGGCACUGUUACUGCUGUUAUUGGUUCUGGUUUUUUGCUUCAUUGGUGAAAAAAGUUCAUAUCUUGUGACUUCAAACACCAAUACAAGAAACUGUUUGAAGCAUCUCUGGUUCAAGAUUCAGGUACCUUGUUAGGUUUUUGAAAGCAAAGGUUGAAAGAUAGGAGAAGAGAAGAGGAGUGCCCUAGACUUGGGGAGUCUAGGGACAAGAUAAGGUUUUGUAGAAUAUGGUGAGGAGGUUCUAAGAUUAUUAGUUGUUUUUGUGAUUAAAACAAAGGGGGGAAAAUGAGCAAGUGGGUUGAUAAUAUCUUAUUUAGUCUCCCAAGAUUUCUCUUUGUUUGUGGUCUUUAGUUCUCAGCUGUCUCACCCCUCAUUCACUUUUGUUCUCUCUGGACCAUAAAGGAAAUAGUCAUUGAGAUUAAAAAAAAAGUGAAGUAAGAAAGAGCACAGAGAUAGAGAAGGAGAAGAUGGAUAUUUCUGGCCAUGAAGGAGAGAUGCCGAUCCCAAUAAGCAGCAGUUAUGUUGGGGGAGGAGGUGGUCAUGGCCAAAAUCAAAGCCACACCUCUCAUUUCAUCCACCAUGAAGCUCCUUCCCUUCAUCAACUAAAGCUUCAUCAAUCCAAUGGUCCUUCUCCCCCUCCUCCUCCUCCUCCACCUCAUCAAGCUCCUACUCCCAUCUCUGUGGCAGCUCCACUGAACAGCAAAAAAGGAGUUUUGGUGAAGUACAGAGAAUGCCUGAAGAACCACGCAGCCUCCAUUGGUGGAAAUGCAACUGAUGGCUGUGGAGAGUUCAUGCCUUGUGGAGAAGAGGGAACUCUUGAGGCCCUCAAGUGCUCGGCCUGUAAUUGCCACAGGAACUUUCACAGGAAAGAGAUUGAUGGAGAGUUAUCUUCUUGCGACCUCUUCCACUACAAAGGAGGGAGGAAGAUGAUGAGCCAGAAGGGACUUCUAAUCUCAGCAACAGACCCAUUUGGGUUCAAUUCAGGAGGGAACAACCUCAUCCCAAGACCUUCUCACCAAAUGAUCAUGCCAUUUGGUGCCAUACAGACAUCAGAGUCUGAUGAAAUGGAGGGAUUUGGAGGGGGAGUUAUGACAAGGCCUCCAAUGAUGAAGAAGAGGUUCAGAACCAAGUUUACUUCAGAGCAGAAGGAGAAGAUGUUGUGCUUCGCUGAGAAAAUGGAUUGGAGGUUGCAGAAGCAAGAGGAGAGUGUGAUUCAGCAAUUCUGUCAGGAGAUUGGAGUCAAGAGGAGAGUUCUCAAGGUAUGGAUGCACAAUAACAAGCACAACUUGGCAAAGAAGAACAGCAAUCUGCAUCUGGACUGAAGGACUACCAUUACUCUUCCUACUGAUCCUCGAAUUUUUUUUUUUUUCCACUGGCAUUUGGCAU